AUGGCCCAAACUCGCCGCAAACCCGUCCCCAACAAGCAUAUGCAACCACACCCUCCAGCCCCCGCCCACCUGCGUGGGAAUCAGCCUCGCCCAGCACCACAGAUGCAAUAUCGACCACAACAGCACAAUGGCUCCAGCCCCCACCUUGCACACCUCAGAAACCAACAAAAUGUUCAAGGCCGGCAAAUAGCCCGCAACAGCGCUCAGAUAAACCAGCAUUCUGCAGCGUUGCAUCACCAGGCUGCCGCGCAGCAUCGCCAGAGUAAUGCACAGCAGAAGCAAAUGGCCAAGCAAAAUGCCCAGAUGCAACAGCAGAUGGCGAAGAACAAUGCUGCUAUGCAAAAACAGAUGGCCAAGCAGCAUGCAGCCAUGCAGCAGCAGAAUGCCCGCAUGGGUCACGAGUUGCAGGCUAUGAAGCGCCAGCAACAGCAGCAACAAAAACAGGGGAACAAGAAGAAGGUUUUGGCAGGUGCUGCAGCCGGAGCGGCUGUGGGUGCUGGUGGGGCCAUGUUGGUAGAGGAAUGGUAUGAGGAGAGAUGGGUUCAUGAGCAGGUUCAGAGGGAGGAGAGAGAGGAAAUCGAAGAGGACGAGAGUGAGGAGGAGCCAGACCAGUAUAGCAUGGAGGGGGUGGUGAUGAUGAUGGUUGGUGCUCUGAUUGUUGCAGCUGUGAUUGCGAUUGCGACUGUGGUGAUUGUUGCAUGGGAGAUAGCAAGGACGACGACAGUGAUUGUUGCGGUUGUUGAGAGUGUUUCGAUAGUUUUGAUGUUUACGAUAUCCGGGUAA